AUAUACACAACCCUCUGAUUCUGCUAAGCUUUCUUACAUUUCAUGUUGGAGGUUUAGGUAGAUGAAUGAAAAAUAAAGGAGAUGAUGUAUCUUGAAAAUAAAGUAAAAUUCCAGGUGCUUUUUCUUGCUUUUUGAAUAUACUCUGAACCUACCUACAGAAAUAAAAAGCUUGUUCCCUCUGUUUGGUUGUUUGUUAGUAUAGGACAUUUCUACUAAGACUUUUGGUUUUGGCAUUAAAAAAAACCCUUUUCUGGACUGGAGGCUUUGUGAUUUUGCUCAAACCUCACUUUGCUUUGUGAGGAUUCUGAGAAGAAAUCUUACAUGAAACAGGGUAAUUUUUUUUUCCCCUCUCCCCCCUCCCCAGAUAUUUAUAGUGGUGCUUUUUUAAAAUGAAUUAUUGAACUUUAGGGACACAUCUUGUAGAACCUGCAUGGACUCACCCAUUCAUUUCUGUGGUAGUAAUUGAAGAAUGACUUUAUGGUAACUGUUGGUAGCAUGCAGAAUUUUGCCUUGCCUCUUUACAUCCUGCUACAUAUCUUUUGCUUUGUUUCUGUUUCCUCUUUUCUGCAGAAGAGUUCUGACUUCAGAGAGAAGAUGGUGAAUCUGCAUGGUGUAACUUCCUGCCUGAGAGAUUGCCAAAGGAACAAUGCUGACUCAACACAAAACUCAGUGCUGCUUUUCUGAGUAGAGUGCCUCUCUGCUGUCUUCUGAUCUUCUUUCUAACUUUUUGGGCAUUUAAAGGCUCUUCUCAGACAACCAUGGUGGUGAAAUGGACCUCAGUAUUUUAUUUUUUUUUUUAAGCUUCUCUCAGCAGAUAAUUGAGAGCAAUCCUUCAUUCUCCUGUUCUUUCUUGCUAUUUAGUCCCUUUUUUCUUGCCCAAUGGUCCCAUUAUUUUCUCUCAGCAUUUUAAUUCUUGAUCCACUCUAAUUCCAUGUGGACUUUUUUAGGCCCAGUGUGUUAUUCAUUUGCAUCUGAGUCAGAACAACAAAACAGGGUCUGAGAUAUUUGUGUAGGUAUCCAGGGUUUCCUUUGCCUACAAUUGCAGCAGUUUUUCAAGGAAAGUCUUAUUUUAGCAAUGAAGGACCUUAAAGGGUCCUUCUGUAAAAUGAAUAUCAGGGAACUUAUUCCAAACCAGCUUCUCCUGAAGAUACAGGGAUGGAGAUUUUUCAAAGGACAUAUUAAAGCAUUUAAGGAUUCAGAAAGUGCUGUAAACCUACCACAGGAAUGGGUGCCUUUUCUCUUCCUGAGCUCUAUGUCUUUCUAAUUAUUUUACAUACUAUACAGCAGAGGUUUUUUUUCGAAGUAGGCAGCAGAAUUUUGUCAGAAUAUAUGAACAGAGUGUACUUUUGGAUGUGGAAACUUUCACAGACCAGAUGGAUGAAAAAUGUGGCAGUAUUCCUUAUCAGUUUACUUUCCCUCUUUAGUGACAACUGAAAAUCCAUCAUUUUCUAGUGCUAAAUUAUGUUUUUCACUUAAUUGUGUCAUUCCUUUUCAGAAUUUCAUCAGUUGUUGCUGUCAGGUUUGGUACACAGCUUCUGUGUGUGUCUAGGACAGAGCAAAACAAGGGAUAGGUACUUCCGGAAGAAAACAGAUUCUUCUUCUACAUCUUUUCUCUUCUCAUGGAAAAGCUGAAAUGCUUCUUUUUAUUCUCUAAGAUCACAGUAAUCUCUAAGAUUACUUGAUUUGCCUGCUUUUCCCAGCCAUUUUCCAUGGUACCAUAUUGCAUUCUGUUUUAUGGAUCGUGCAAAUCUUACUCCUCUUUUUUACUUUCUUUAUUUCCAUUAGAGAGAUAUUCAUGUCAACUUCACCCUAAAAAUAAUGAUCCUGAGUUGUAAGGCACGUUUCCCAAAUCUUCACUAAUAUGUGACAUCUUAGAACUAACAUAUCCAUGGAAGAGAAAACUCUUGCACUCAGUACCAAAAAUAGCUUAGAAAGUAAAGCUUAUUCAUUGAGGUAUGAUUUCAAAAUUACAAAUGUGACGUGAUUUGGUUCCUUAUUUGCAGACCAGAACUUCCCUGUAUCAGUUGAGUCUUUAAACCAAAAAGGAUUCGUUAAUCUGGGUCAAUGCAGAAGGGUUUUCUUGCAAGACACAAUUUGUUCAGCAGGAGUUAGAAACAGAGGGGAAAAAGGAGCGAAACAUCUGGCAAUGGCUGUUUACCUUUUAGUGAUUUUUCUUUUUUCCUUUUGUACAUCUCUUCAAGCAUCUGAUAAUGGAAUAUUUUUAAUUUAUAAUGAAGAUAGCAAACUCUGUGCCCAAGCUCAAAACAGCAGCUCAGUCAUAACUACCAUGUGCAAUGAGAACAAUGAGCUUCAGAGGUUUAGAUGGAUCUCAGCCACGCAGCUGCUGAGCAUGGGAAUGAAGCUAUGCCUGGGUGUGCUCACCAAGGAUGAUGAGGCUGCCAUCACAUUGGAAACCUGCAACAGGACAAGCGAGCUUCAGAGGUGGGAAUGUAAGGAUGAGGCACUUUCAAUCCAAGGCAAGGAUUUGUUUCUCAGCUAUGGCAAAGGGAAGGGGAAGAAAAUGAGGUUAUCCAAAGAAUCAGGCAAAGGGAGCCGGUGGAGAAUCCAUGGAACUGUGGGCAGCAUAUGCUCCAGGCCCUAUGAGGAUAUCUAUACACUGGGAGGAAAUACUUUUGGUGCACCUUGUGUGUUCCCUUUCAAGUUCAAUGGUAAAUGGUUUGCUGAGUGUGUCCGUCGGACUGAAUAUGCAAGCCCUCUCUGGUGUGCAACUACUUCAGAUUUUGAUAAGGACCGACGUUUUGGAUAUUGUCCAUCAAAAGACAAUCUCCAAAAAGACUUUUGGAAAACUAAUCCUUUGACUGAAACCUACUAUCAGAUAAACUCAAACUCUCUUUUGACAUGGCAACAAGCAAGAAGAAGCUGCCAGCAGCAGAAUGCAGAAUUAUUAAGUAUCGCAAACCCUCAUGAAGAGAUGUUUUUAUUAGGACUCACCAGUGAUCUGGGAUUCAGUGCCAAGCUCUGGACUGGUCUUGUCAGACGACUUGAUAGCAGCUGGGAAUGGACUGAGGGUAGUCCUCUCAGAUAUCUAAACUGGGCUCCAGGAAAUCCCUCUGUGGAGCUUAUAAAAAUGUGUGGAACUUUCCAAGGCAGGAAUGGCAAAUGGGAAAACGUGGCUUGUAAUCAAAAGCUGGGAUAUAUCUGCCAAAAGAGAAACUCCUCCACUGUGGACAACUCCUCCACUGUUCCCUCAGGAGACAUGAAGCCUGUUAAGUGCCCCGGGGAAUGGGUAGCCUAUGCAGGACAUUGCUAUAGAAUUUACAGAACACCCAAAAUAUGGAAACAAGCCCAAUCAUCUUGUAGAAAAGAAGAUGGAGACCUGACAAGUAUUCAUAAUGUUGAGGAGUACAGUUUUAUUGUGUCUCAACUUGGGUACAAGCCAGAUGAUGAGCUGUGGAUUGGUUUAAAUGACUUCAGGCAUCAGAUGUAUUUUGAAUGGAGUGAUGGGACACCUGUGACAUACACCAAGUGGCAUCAAAGACAGCCUACCCACACACCUAAUAAGGCAGACUGUAUUGUUAUGAAUGGAGAGGAUGGGUUCUGGGCUGACAGUUCUUGUGAAAGGAAACUCAGUUACAUCUGUAAAAGAAAACCUUUGGCAGAGGAAUCAGGGGAAGCUGAAGUUACUUACCCGGGCUGCCAGAAAGGCUGGAUGAAGCAUGGCUUUUACUGCUACUCCAUAGGGGAGCUACCAGCAACAUUUUCAGAAGCAAAACGUAUCUGUGAAGAAAAUAAAGCUCACUUGGCUACUGUGAUAGACAGAUACGAACAGGCCUUUUUAACUUCUGUGAUUGGAUACAAGCCAGUGAAAUAUUUCUGGAUUGGACUCUCGGACAUGGAGGAGCAGGGGACAUUCAGGUGGGCUGGUGGAGAUCCAGUCAUCUUCACUCACUGGAACAUGGGAAUGCCAGGAAGUGAGCCAGGCUGUGUGGCCAUGAGAACAGGAACUUCAGCUGGAUUAUGGGAUAUUCUCAACUGUGAAGAAAAAAACCUGUUUCUGUGCAAGCAGCUGGUGGAGGGAGCAACCCCACCACCCCCUCUGACGACUCCUCCGCUCCCAUCCUGCCCAGAUGAAUGGCAAUCCAUUCCUCAGAGCAGCUUCUGCUUCAAAAUUUUUCAGAGAGGAAGGGAGAAGAUGCAAACAUGGUUUGGUGCAAGAGAUUUUUGCAGAGCUAUUGGAGGAGAUCUGGCAUGUGUCCACAGUGAAGAAGAGCAAAAACUAAUAUCUAGUUUAAAUAAAGACUAUCGUCACAAGUCUUACUGGAUGGGCUUAAAUGCUUUGGACUCUGAUGGAGGAUUUACAUGGUGUGAUGGUUCACCAGUAAAUUUUCAAAAAUGGGCAAAUGGAGAACCAAACAAUUAUGAUGGAAAUGAAAAAUGUGGAGUGUUUUAUGGCUAUAAUGAUAUGAAAUGGAAUGAUAUAUUUUGUGAACAUAUGCAAGACUAUGUUUGUCAAAUAAAAAAAGGAGCAUCACUGAAACCAGAACCUACAUCUACAUUUGAUUAUGAAUACAUUGUUAGUGAAGAUGACUGGAUAAUAUAUAAUCAUAAGGAAUAUUACUUUAGCAAGGAAGCAAUGCCUAUGGAAAAAGCAAGGGAUUACUGCAAGAAGAAUGGUGGUGAUCUUGCCAUUAUUGAGAGCGAAAGUGAAAGAACAUUUCUUUGGAAAUAUACUUUUUAUAGAGAUCGAGGAAACAACUUUUUCAUUGGCUUAACUGUGAGCCUUGACAAGACAUUUCGGUGGGUGGAUGGAACUACUGCAAACUAUGUUGCCUGGGCCCCAAAUGAACCAAACUUUGCAAACAAUGAUGAAAACUGUGUGGUCAUGUAUGUCCAAACAGGUACAUGGAAUGACCUCAACUGUGGCAAAGUUGAGUUUUUCAUCUGUGAAAGGCUUAACAGUACUGUUCGUCCAAGUAUUUCUCCCACGGUACCACCACCCAAGGGUGGGUGUCCAGAAGACUGGCUCCAAUUUGAUAAUAAGUGUUUCAAAGCAUUUGGCCUUGAUGAAAAUUAUACACUGACAUGGCAUGCUGCACGGAACAAUUGUAUUUCUUUUGGAGGAAACCUGGCUACUAUCUCAAAAAAGGAAAAUCAAGCUUUCCUCAUGUCUCUCUUAAAAAAUACUGCAACCGAUGCCUGGAUUGGACUGAAUGACAUAAAUCAAGAGCAUGUGUACUUAUGGACAGAUGGAAGUCCAGUUUACUACACAAAUUGGGCAAAAGGUUCCCGAAGUUACUAUAGUAAGGAUGAUUGUGUCUAUAUGAAGAAGAACCCUAUUGAACAAGCAGGGAAAUGGAAAGAUGAAGACUGCAAAGCAAGCAAAAGCUACAUAUGCCAGAGAAAUACUGACCCUAAAUUGAAAAGUUCCCAAGCUGUGGUUCCGAUGUUUGGCUUUAACAACUAUGGUGAUGACCGCUAUGCAGUCAUCAACUAUAAAAUGAACUGGGAAGAGGCACAGAAGAAUUGCAAAGACCAAUACGCAGAUCUUGCCAGCAUUUUAGAUCCUUAUGUUGAAGCUUACCUGUGGUUACAAAUACUGAAGCAUGGAGAGCCUGUAUGGAUUGGUCUUAACAGCAACAUGACUCGUGGCCUUUACAUGUGGUCAGAUAGAAGGAGGAGCAGAUAUCAUAACUGGGCCAGUGGAGAGCCAAAUAAGAAUGCAGCCUGUGCCUAUUUAGAUUUGGAUGGUUUUUGGAAGACAACAUCUUGCAACGAAUCAUUUUUAUCUCUCUGUAAACAAUCUGAUGAGUUAAUUCCUACUGAAUCACCACAGCUUCCUGGAAAGUGUCCUGAACCAAAACACGGUAGAUCUUGGAUUCCCUUUCGUGGACAUUGCUACUAUGUUCACACCACUUCUGAAGUAAGCUGGCCUGAUGCUUCCAUGAUGUGUAUUCAGAUGGGUGCUUCUCUGGUUUCCAUAGAAGAUCCAGCUGAAAUGAACUUCCUUUUACUUUACUUGUCUCCACUUGCAAGUGAUUUCAGAAAAUUUUGGAUAGGAUUGUUCAAAAAUAUUGAAGGGGAAUGGAUGUGGACAGACAGAAGUGUGGUAGAAUUUGUCAACUGGGAGAAAGGAGAGCCUACAACUAUUUAUGACGAACACUGUGUGGACAUGGAUAUCUCAAGUGGAGCCUGGAGGAACUAUUACUGCUCUGUUGACCACAAUUUCAUUUGUAAAAUCCCAAAGAUUACUGAAGUUGAACCAACCCAUGAUUCAUCUGUCAAUCAAGCAUCGAAAAGAGAAGCUGCUGUUUCAUCCUCACAUAGUCGAGGUGUGAUGAUUGUUACACUAAUCUUCCUUCUGCUAGCAGGAACUGGCCUUAUAGUCUAUUUUUUCUACAAGAGGAGACAUGAACAGACAACUGUUACAGCCAGUUUUGGCAAUGCCAUAUACUGUGGUAGUCCUGAUCCGGGAACUCGUGAAUCAAAAUGUCUUGUGACCAAUAUGGAAGAAAAUGAACAGGCAAUGGUUUAAUAAGUAGGGUAAACUUGAGCCUGAUUGGAAAGGAACUGAAGUACUGAAAUACCAGAAUUCUGAAGUUAAACUGAUUUUCUCUCAUGGAAAUUCUUGUUUAUUUUGCACAGGAUACUUCUUGCUAGUAUCAGCAGGAACAAACAAUCUUGCAACACUCUAAAUCUGCUCGCAAACAGUAGUUCUUGGGAGGACUGUUGAACAUACAUAAAAUCCUGGAACUACACUGUGUAAAGGAACACUCAAGAUGUUCCAGUCAACAAAUGGGUCUUGCACCACCCAUAGAUACUGAGAUUGUCAUAGUCAUCACAGGAAACAGUGAGAGUAAGUGUCUUAGCAUUCUCCAAAAAGUACAUCUAGAUCUGUAGGAAUCCUGGAGAUGCCACCUCUGAUCUCCAGUGCAGACUGGCAGAAUUGUAUAGAUUGGAUGUCACCUCCAAGAUCACUUGGUACACACUCAUGCUGCAGCAGGACCAGUGCCCUGCCCCAGCCAGGUAGCCUGCUCCAGGGUCUAUACGUACUCUUGGUAAAGUUUGCUUUCUUUGCAUCACAUUUGAAUGUCUCUUGUCUUCCCACUUUUGUAUAGCAAAGUGCACCCUUGACUAGAUUUUGGCAGCAUAUUUUCUAUACAUACUCAUUUAGCUAAUUGAAUACAACAUUCAGGUCUCUCAUUAACCUAUUCUCCUCUUUGCUCUGACUCUCUUCUUAUCAUAUAUCCAUACAUCAAGUCUCCUAUUCCUCUCAGUGGCCCUUGGGUGGCCUCUUCAGUUUUUCUCUAUCCAGAUCCAGCACAUACUGAUUCAUUGAAUCAGACCAAUUCAGACAAAGCCUGGACUUUUUUCACCAGCCUUGCAGUACAUGCACUAUAGAAUGAGAGAGGAUUUUGAAAGUCCUGCUAAAAUCAAGGUAAAUUAAAUUCAUUUUUCUCCCCUUCUUUGGGGAUUGUGAACCAAUUAUUUUUUUCAUAUGAAGUAAUCAGUUUUGCCAGGCACAAUUCACCCUUUGUAAAUGUGUUCUGACUGCUUCUUUUUCUUGGCUUAUUUUGGUUCUGGAAAUGGCUACCAAGAGAAUUGUUCCAUUGCCCUCCUAAGGACUGAGGCCACCUCCUGCAGUCACUGUAACUUGUCAGAGCUGAUAGAGUGCAGACUCACAUUGACCACAGCCAGUUCCCUUGGUAUGCUCAUGUAUAACCUAUCAGGUCUCAUGGACUUCUAUAUAUGCAGCUAACAUUAGUCCCUAACUCAAUACUUCUGUGCCAUGCAUAGCAGUUUUCUCCACUAGCAUCUGCUGCUAGCUAUUUAAGACCUGUGGAGUGUGAGGGGUGAUAGAUGGCAUCGAAUACCUCAGUCAUGAACUUUGUAGGCUUCCUCCUUUAUCUGUGGAACCAUGUCUUCCUUUUCUGGUGAAGUAUCUACAGAAACCCUUUGUGUUGCCCUUCAUUUUCCUGUCUAGUCUCAACUACAGCUGAGCUGUCACUUUCCUCGUCCUGUCUUGGUGUACCCAGGACAUGUUCCUCUUUGUAUGCUGAGUAGCUUGUGACUUUUUCACCUUCCAUACACUACCCUUUGAGUUUUAUCUCAAUCAGAAAUUUCUUAUAAAGACAGGCUUGCUUACUACCCUACCUACUUUGUGCCUUGCACAUUGGGACAGGCUGUUCUUGAGCUUUAAGGAGGUUCUUGAAGAUGCAAAAGCUAUUCUGGGAUCCAUUGGCAUUUCAGUUACCACAUCUGGACUUGAUUUUCCUUUGAGUCACCACUGUGUAAAUUCAGGUCAGAAACCUCCAAAAUGCAGCUAUUACAUAUUUUACAAGUGUGAUUUCUAGAGCACAUAUCUGUAAUACAGGAGUGAUACAAUACUUCAGGGUAUUUCCUCACAAAAGUAUUAUUUAAUCUUAUUUUACUGGUCAUUUGUAAAAUGUCAGUCUUUUCUGAAUUAACACAUUUUCCUUUUCAUAUGACUUAUAUAGAAGGAUUGAAAAGUCAGCUAAGAAUUAUGAAUAUAUUGUGAAUAGAAACAUUUUCUCAUUUAAGUAGCAUAAUAGGAAUUUAGAAGGUUUCCAUGAAAGAACAGGCAGGAUGCAUUAUAGUGAAUUCAUAGAUGACAAAAUUUAUUUAAAAUUUCUCAUUGAAAUUAUCAAUACUAGUGAAGAUUUCUUAUCUUUUUAGGCCAUUUCUUUAAAAUCUGAAGCUUGUUAUUAGGAUGGCUUUCAUAAUUUCAAACCAAAUUCUCUAUCUCACAGUCUGUUUCAGUUCUGUGAGCUUUGUUCAAGACUUCAUGACCAGGCCUGCAUUUCAUACAAGUGUACUGUCUGCUUUAAGAGUGUCUAAAAGUACACGAUAUUCCCAUAUAGUUGGUUUUUUUUUGGUUUUUUUUUUUUUACUUUUCUUAUGGAUGUUAUGCUAAAUGCAAACAAUCAAUUGACUUGAAACUCUUAGUUUCAAGAUCUUUAUUUAAUUUGUUUUUUUGAAAUAUAUAUAUAUAUAUUAAUCUUUUGACAGACUUUAAUCAUGUUUAAGUUAAAAUAUUUUUGUUGUACAUGAAAUAUAUGUAAAUAAGUUUUUGUUCUACUUUGUCUUCUUAGAGCCAUUUAUCAUAAAAGUUAAAGUAACAGAAAAAAAGGGGCAGUAUUUUUGUAGUUCUCCUGAAAUAAGCAUCUAAUUUUCCCAAUCAAACAUGUUCUUAAACUCCAGUAGUGAUUUGUCUCUACCAUCCCCUGAAACAGUAUGCCUCCGUAUUCUUCAUUCCUGAAAGUUUACCCUAAUGAAUGUCUGAUAUUCUUGUAAUUUAAAACUGUUCACUUAGUAUACUGCCCUAACAGUUUCUGAUUAAGUUUCUUACAUAUUUGAUAGCUCUUGUCAAUUCUCCUCUGCAGACUUUCUGAUAUUAGCACCUGCUUUUCCCCUCUGACUUCCCUGGCUAUGUCUUCUUCAUCUUCAGUUCUUUUGAUGCUCCUGCCUAGAGAAAUGGUUACCAGAAAUCAAUAAUCCAAAACCUGGAAAUGUAUCGAGAAAUUAGAUUGCAACAAUUUACAGAGGUUGAUACACUUUAUAAACUAAUAGUCCCAAUUGCAUUUGUAAGAACUCACAAACUCAUUACACCAAGAGUGUGCUGUGACUGUAGAAGGCCAUUAGUGCGCACAAGAACCAGCAGUGGAUUGUAAAACCUGGGCCACACCCAAGACAGCAGUGCGUGGUACCUGAUAAUGAAGACUGUGAUCCUCUAAAGGAUGUUCCAGGCACUUUCUGAGAAGCCUCAGUAUGACCUCUGCAGCUGAGGAUAUGGUUGGGGUUGGUUGCCAAAUAUUGCUUCAACCAUUUAGCUGUGAGGGACCAUCCGUGAGUGAACUGCUUAAAUGAAGGAGUGAAUAAGUUGUGUCACCAGUUAUCUCCUAUUCAUAACUGUUUUCAUCUUGGUGAAAAAUAAAUCAAACUUGUUGUAAGAAA